UGCGGACAAGGUGGCCUGUCGACGAGUUGCCUUCAUGGCUAUGAUGCGGUGGUUUCAGCGCAAGGACGCACGUCGGUAUGCGGUAGACAAGUGACAUCCAGUCAGCAAGAAUCUUUCUCAUGCGGCAGGUGCUUCGGGAAUGAAAUUCAAACGAAAUAAUGAAUAAUCUAUAGGGAGGAGAGUGAAUGUCAUUCGCCGCCGGAGGCGAGAGGAGAGAUUGGAGGAGAAGGAGGCUGAUUUCUUUGUGGGUUGCUGCGCCCAAUGGUGGAGCUCAGGAGCGUAUUCGCUCGUCAUCUGUGCACGACUCUGAUUGGCGAAUCAAUCAAUCAUUUGCCAGGCGAGUGGAUCAUCAGCUCGCUACUCGAUCAGGCAAUCGAUCGACCAAUCAGUCGAUCGAGCAAUCCGUUACCUGAUUGACAAAUCGUCUACUUGGCCGAGCGGAAGGGAGGGUUUGUGUACAAGGUGUGUGAGGAAGGAACACAACCUAGUCGUUUGAUCGAUUCCAAUUGUCAUUAAUUAGCUGGAUUGCCCAUUCGUAAGCCCGAUAACUGAUCAACCAAUCAGCCUCCAUCCGUUUUUUCUUCUGGAUGGUGAGGAACGCCUGGCCAGCGAGUUGCUCCCCCUCUCGAGUCGCCGCAAUUUGCUGUACCCCGGGGAGUCCAGAUCGGAUUGGCACGGCUGUGGAGAUGGCGGAAACUUCGCGGGGACUCAUGGUGGCAUGCGCGGGGUGCGGUGCAGGGGUCUAUUUUGGGAGAAGAAGAGUAUUGCCCAGAAGAGAUCGACGGAUCGUCCACAGCGACCAUCUCUACCGAGCUAGAGGGGCACAGAUUUCGGCAACGAUUCGAUUCGAUAGGUUGAACAUGCGCGGCGCAAGGAGGGAUGCCAGUGAAGCUGGUGGCCGUCAAAUUGGUGGAGAGUCGUUGUCCUCGUCUUCGUUAUCCUCGUCGUGGCAAUCGUCAUCGCCAUCGUUUGCACCAUCGACAUCGCGCAUGGCGGAGAAGUGGGCAUCAAGAAGUGUUAUGGCUGUGGCUCGGCAGUCGCGAACCUUGCCAGGGUUCGAUGGUGUCGGUCAUCGGUGGGAGAGGACGACCUCCGCGAAGGGCAGGAAGUCAUUUUACAUUGCUGCCGCGGCACGGUUGUCGUCGCCUCACCGUGUGUCGCCGCAUGGCAUGGAGCAGGGGUCCCCUCACCGUGAUGUUGCCAGAUGCAAGAGGGAAAGUGGCUUCACCUUUGCUCGUGAAGGAGAUGCGAUUUGCACGAGUGGGUGCCGGGGGUUUUUAUUUCGCGAUGGCGGCAGUUGGAGGGGGGAAGGGGGGCAGAAUAGUAGAUGGGGAUUCACCGUUUGGCAGCAUGAGCAGGGGCGAAAAUGCUCCUUAUGGACUCUCGAUGAUGAGAGCGCUUCUCCUGGUGAAAGAAGAGUUCGCGCGGCUUCUUUUGGACGGGGUCUUCGAAGAUCGGGUCGGUUGGCGCCUCGGAUGACUGGGGCGUUUUGUCAGUCCAAGGACGCAAACGAGGAUGAUAAGAGAUCGAGAGAUUCUUUUUCCGCUGGUGGGCAGAUCGGCGAUUCCGGGGUUGGGGGGGAUGCUGAUUCGACCACAACAGGUGAGAGAGGAUCGGGUUUGAUCAACGGCGGCCUAGAUUUGGACGGGGGGGGACGGAGUGGCGACGAGGGGACAAUGGGGACAGGAGCAGGAGCGGCAGGUAGCUGCUCGCCUUCCAAAGAGGAGUUAGGUGAGAGUCCCUCCUUCCUAGGUUGGCGGGCUUCUGCUUCAUCGGAGGUUUCACCUAGCGAACUGAAGGAGAAGGGUGAAAAGACGUCUGCUGAUGAGAGCAGACACGUGGCGCCAGGGACGUCAUCUUCAGAUCAGACGCAGGAAGAGGAGGUACCGGCUCCAUCCCCUCCUGCUGCAGGUGGUCGUGGGACGCGACAAUGGAAAUCGUGGUUUUCCAAUUGGUGGAUAAAUCCGAGGGAGCUGGGAGGAUUAGUUCUUCAGAUCAGCGUGUUGUUGGUAUUGAUGAGAGUCUUGCGGCCGGGACUGGGCCUGCCGGGAUCCGGCGAGAGGAGGGGCGAAGUGCAUGUCGUGACCACCUAUCAAUCGGUGCCCUUCAGCGAAUUCCUCCGGCGCGUCCACGCUAACGAUGUGCAGAGCGUGGAUGUGGACGGCGUUCAUUUGACCUUCUGUCUGCGGCCCGCGGCGAUGGCGGCGUCGGGUGGGGUGGGGGGACUGGCCAGCGGCCCGACGGCGGUGGAGCAGCAGCAGAAGAGGAACAAGGCAGAAGAGAGAGGAGGGGAAGUGGUUGGUGGGUCGGCGAGAACCGUCGCGGAGGGUGAGGAGGCCAAGGAGAAGGGGGCGAUGGUUGUGCGGGGAAAGGCCUUGGCCAAACAGGUCAGCCACGUCAGGAGGAUCGUGUAUUCGACUACGAGACCCAACGACAUGGCGACGCCGUAUCAGAGGAUGAUAGAGAACGGAGUGGAGUUUGGGGCUCCGGAUAAGCGUGGAUACAAACAUAUUGCCUCGUUGUCGAUUGGCUUGCUGUAUAUUGGUUUGAUUGCGAGCAUUGUCGGGAGGUUCCCUCUGAAAUUUCCGCAGCGGUCAACAGGGAAGCUGAGGAACCGGCGCGGAGGCUCUUCUGGGAGUGGAAGUGGAGGCCCUGGUGGGCCGAUCAUGUUUGCUGAUGUUGCGGGUGUGGAUGAAGCAAAGGAGGAGCUGGAGGAGAUUGUGGAGUUCUUGAGGAAUCCUGAAAGAUAUGCCAGGCUUGGAGCACGUCCACCAAGGGGAGUUCUUUUGGUGGGUGUGAGUAAUUGUGCAGUAGGGGGAGGUCAGAUGGGUAUUGCCACACUGUACUACCCCUCUGAGGUGGGGGAUUGGAGACGCAUGUGGAGCAGUUUGCUGUCAUUAGUACCGGAUGUGCAGCAGCUGAUCAUGUUCGGGGACUUCAACAUGGUUUUGACACCAGGCUUGGUUUCCUUAAGUGGCAGGCAGGUUACACCUGAUUCAGAUGCCUUGCAGUUGGGGAUGGCAGAGCUGGGGUGUCGUGAUGUGUAUAGGAGUAUGUUCGCACACACGCCAGGAUAUGCGUACGUUGGACCAAGAGCGGAGGGGCGCAGCCGGUUGGAUACGAUUUGGGCUACCGAGGAACUUCAGCAGGCAUGCGAGCGGAUCCAGAUUGAAGAAAUUGUGCUCUCUGAUCACCUGAUGGUACAGGCUGCAUUUACGGUGGGGAAAUUGGAGCUGGGCAAAGUGUCGGUGUGGGUGUUACACAACCAGGAAUUUGCGUGGCUGAUAUGGCAGCAUUGGGACCAACUGGUUUAGGAGAAAGUCGCAGGGCUGCUUCCAGUUGGAAUGGAUCAGGCGAGGACUACAAGUUAUGCGGGAGCACCCGAGGAUU